AUGCGAGGAUCGGUAAAUCCCAGCGCGGGAGAACUGCCUGCGCCGGGGCGCGAGCCGCCCGACCCAACGGUUGGGGAGCAGCGGUCCCAGCUUUCGGCAAUCUCGUCCCAAGGGAAGAGAUCUAAGAGUAGCUGCGACGAUAUGGAAGGUGCAACGACUGUCACUACCGAGAAAGCCGACGGCGUGCAGCCUUCGCAGGCGCCGGUAUUGCCAAGCAGCACUGCCUCUAGCGGGGAUUUUCAGACAGGAGAUGAGCCCAUCCCGUCGCCGAAAGUGACUCCUCCUCCUAAGGAUAAGCCUCUCCUGAGGCGGCCAGCGCAAGCUACGCAUCCGGAGUCGCCGAGACAGCCGGUCCAGGUGGUUCGACCUCAGGAUGUGUAUUCAGCACUGGUGGAGGCUUGA